UAUUUCUGUCACUGUCCUUAUCAGGACAGUAGCUAAAACAUUGUUGCCAUCAAGAACUGGGGAUGAAUCAAACCAUAUUUUGGCAUCCUCCUCCCCAGAGUCGGCCGGGGUCUGAACUGCACUGGAGUUAGCACUCAUUAAUGCCAUACCAUCCAUAUCCUGUAGCAUCGUGACUUCUUCGACUUUCUUUUUACCUUUUCUCUUAGUCUUUCUCCCCAUGCACACUCAGUAUUGAAGUACUCAGCUUAAGCAAGCAGAAUACCCUAGUGUUUUAAAAAAUCACAACGUAAUUAGCAAUUGUAUUACCACUUCACUGAAGUUUUCUUGCAGAACUUACGCACGCUUUUGGUUUGGUUUCGGUUUUGUGAAAUACCCCUCCGGUUGGGUGUUGCACCUAGUGAAUCAGCAUGUUAUGGAGAUAAAUGAGCUGGCUAAACCAACCCGAUCUGUAAGUUGCAGCCAGGGGCUUCUCGGCUAAAGAGCUUUCGGUGCAUAAGGAUAAGGUUAGUGGUGUAUUCUACAACUGGCAGGUUACCUUACUAGAUCUUGCUAUCUUGAGCAAGUAACAUGGCAGCAUUAUUGUAUGUUUUAGAACUGUUAGACAUCAAGAGUUUUUUGCUUUUUCUCGUAAUUUUCCUCCUUCUGUUUGACUACGUCAAAAACAAACCACCAAAGAAUUUCCCUCCUGGACCGUGGUCAUUGCCUUUUAUCGGUGACGUACAUCAUAUUGACCUUACCAAAAUCCAUCUACAGUUUGUCAAGUUUGCUGAGAAAUAUGGACGCAUUUUUAGCAUUCAAAUUUUUGGACCAAGGAUGGUUGUUCUUAAUGGACAGAAGCUAGUGAGGGAAGUAUUUGUCCAUCAAGGAGAAAAUGUUGCUGAUCGACCAUCCAUUCCUAUAGCUGUUGAUCUUACAGGAGACAAAGGGCUGAUUAUGUCUAAUGGCUAUGCUUGGAAACAGCAGAGAAGGUUUGCUCUUCACACCCUGAGGAAUUUUGGAUUGGGCAAGAGAAGCCUUGAGCCCUCCAUCCUUCAAGAAUGCAGAUAUCUAAAUGAAGCAUUCGCUAAUGAGCAAGGUAAAUCCUUCAAUCCACAAUUUAUCAUUAACAAUGCUGUGUCUAACAUCAUCUGUGUGCUGGUGUUUGGGGACCGCUUUGAGUACACUGAUGAUGACUUCCAGUCUCUCCUGAAGAACAUCAAUGAGGUCAUCCUCUUAGAGGGAGAAGUUUGGGCCCAGUUGUACAACAUGUUCCCAUGGAUAAUGCGCAGAGUGCCGGGCCCACACAGGAAAUUCUUUUCUAUUUGGAACGGAGUUAUUGAUUUUGUAAAGAAAAAAGUAGAGGACCACCGAGUAGAAUUUGAUCCUUCAAACUCUAGGGACUACAUUGAUUGUUUCCUUGGAGAAAUGGCAAAGCGGAAAGAUGAUGAAGCAUCAGGCUUUAAUGUGGAGAAUUUGUGCUACUGCACUCUGGACCUGUUUAUAGCGGGAACUGAAACCACAUCUACUACCCUAUACUGGGGUCUCCUGUACAUGAUCAAAUACCCUGAGAUACAACGAAAGGUGCAAGAGGAGAUAGACCGAGUUGUUGGAUCUUCACGUCAGCCCUCUGUGGCUGACAGGGAGAACAUGCCUUACACUGAUGCUGUUAUUCACGAGACACAGAGAUGUGGCAACAUUCUUCCAUUGAACGUUCCCAGACAGACCACCAAAGACACCCAAGUCGAUGACUUCAUCAUUCCCAAGGGCACAAUGGUGAUGGCCAACUUGACCUCUGUUUUGUUUGAUGAGACGGAAUGGGAAACCCCUCACACCUUCAACCCACAACACUUCCUUGAUGCAGAGGGGAAGUUCAGGAAGAGGGAGGCCUUCUUGCCUUUUUCUAUAGGGAAGAGAGUGUGCCUGGGAGAGCAGCUGGCCAGAAUGGAGCUGUUCCUGUUCUUCACCUCGCUGCUCCAGCAGUUCUCCUUCUCACCACCACAGGGCGUAGAACCCAGUCUGGAGUUUCGGGAACAUUGGAGACAAUGGAACAGCUGGAGACAUUGAAGAGCUGGAGAUCCAGGGAAGUUGCAAAGUUGUGAAGUUUGAAAUGUAAAGUUUAAAAUGAAUUGAAGUUGAAGAGUUAUCCUUGCUUGCUGUGAGGCAAGGGAAUAUAUUUGGUCCGGAGUUAUGCAGUGUUGCCUUGUUUGGACCUGGUGUGAAGAAAUUGAAACUGUUGCCAGAGUUUGCUGAAGAUCCUUUUAUGCCUGGACUCCAAUUGUGCUUCCCGGUUAAAUAAAUCCUGUAUUUUUGUACGGAACUGCUGAAGAAUCCCUCAACUCCACAUAAUCCAGUGGCACACCUCCCUAAACGUGGGGUGGCCACCUUGGUCCCUCACACUCUUUCAGCUCUCAUUCUCCUAAUUUUACAUUAGGGACAUCAUCAGUCGAUGCCUACUAGUUGUUUGUCUCAUCUCUCUGCUUCAUUCCUCAAACCAUGAUUUUUAUCUAUCAUGAUUCUAUCGCUUUUUUAAACACACAUAAAUUGUCAGACAAGCUCAAUGUCUAUCAUUGAGAAUCUGGGACCUUUAUUGAGGAUUUGAGCCCAAUUUUACAGUGGCCUAUAACAGAGAUGAAAAUAUGUAGUAAAUUAAGAUAAUGGGGGUACCUAUUAGCAUCAAAUCACUUUUUUGUGAGAUCUGAAUUAAUGGUAGUGAGUUAUAAAAAUUGAUUCCAUACAACUCCCAUAGACUGUUACUAGUGUGGACAUCUAGUUCACUACAGAACUUUUCUGAACUUUUCUGAGAAGCAAGUGGAUUAUCUUUCUCUUAAAACUGUACAGUAACUCUAAGUUAAUGUCAUUUGAACUAUUUAAGGAAUGCUAUGCAACUCAACUGGCAUUGAAAAUAGCCUACCAUGACAUGUCAACCGUGCCAAAUGGUUGUUCAAGACAACGUGCCUAUCCUACAUAUUUUUUCAUUAACAAUUCAACACUUUGAUUUUAUUACACUGCGAGUUGCAAUGGAUUAUGCUACUGAUGUUUAACUCCUACAUAAAUCCUACAGAUGUUUUGGAUAUCAAGAGUGUUUUGUUGUUUCUUUCAAUGUUCUUUAUAUAUGACUAUGUCCUGGAACGUGGUCAUUGCUGUUCAUAAGCGACAUGCAUAGCAUUGAUUUCAGUAGUUUUUCUGUAGCAUCCAGUUAAAAGGCUUGCUACAUUUAGUGCAUUUACAGGCCCAUGUCCAGGACCUGUGGAUACUUCAUGAGGUGAUAAUGGAAUACUCAGGCAAUACAAUUGUCUUUAUAUUUUAUACUCUCACUAACAGUAAUAAACUCAUGUUCUUUUGGGGCCCUCCUGUGGCAGAAACGUAUUAGCGACCAUUUAAUCCCUGAUACAGUGACCGCCCUAGACAUUUCUGAUAACAAAAAGCAAGUGUUAUUUCUGUGAACAAGGCUGAUAGGUAGGCCUACAAAGGGAAAAGGUGGGGAAGAAGAGAACACCGUACCACGUGAUUUUCCAGUCCUGUUGUGUAUUGGGUUGGUGUUUGCAGUCUAUAACAGUUGCCUAACCGUCGCUAGAGCAAGCAAAAUGACGGCAAUAUUGUAUAUUUUGGAACUGUUCAACAUCAAGAGUUUUUUGCUUUUUCUCUCAAUUUUCCUCCUUGUGUUUGACUACAU